AUGUCAGGCAACUCCGCGCAAACCGACCCCCUUCGCAUUGGAAUAGUAUUAUUCCCUGGCUUCGAGGCCCUUGAUGCAUUCGGUCCUCUCAACUGCAUUAAUGACCUGUCCUGGACAGAGAAUGUGUCUCUCGCUCUUCUAUCAGCAACACUAGAACCAGUCACAACGAGAUCGCCAUUUUGCCCAGGGGCAACCGGUCAAUCCGUCGUGCCAACUCAUACAUUUACAACUCCGCCUCCUCUCGAUGUCCUGAUUGUUCCAGGAGGUCAGGGCACGCGAGUCUCGAGUCCAUUAAUUGAGGGGACCAUCGCUUUCAUCCGAGACGUGUAUCCGCAGCUCAAAUAUCUGAUCACCGUUUGUAAUGGAUCAGGCCUUGUAGCUCGAACGGGAUUACUUGAUGGAAGAAGAGCCACGACAAACAAGAAAGCAUGGGAGGAGACUACUGCUUUGGGACCGAAGGUGUACUGGGUUCCUCGGGCGAGAUGGGUCACCGAUGGUAACAUUUGGAGUUCGUCUGGUGUGAGCGCUGGAAUUGAUGUGACGCUUGCCUGGAUUGAGCAUCUUUAUGGAGAAGGGACAGCACAGGGAAUAGCCGAUGGGUUAGAACACACACGGCAUAAAGACUCAGCCGUGGAUCCAUUUGCGGAUCUAUAUGGAUUGUGA